AUGGAAGAAGUCAAGCAGCAGACUCAGUCCACGUCCCAAUCAGAUGAGCACGACCGUUCAUAUGCUAUUCUGCGUAUUAAACGGAAGCGCAACGAGGAGCCACUCGACGGCUUAGUUGUCGAUCCGGAGUCCGUUCCGAGUAGAAAGAAGUCUCGUGGUGCUCUUAACUUCUUCAAGUUUGCAGCGACAGUAGAACGGGCAACAUUUGAUGACGAGCAACAAAAGAGAGAUCUUGAGGCUCGUCUAGCCACUCUUGCCCGCAAGUCAAACAUCUGCGCCUCUGUUUCUGCGCCAGCUGUUGUUGAAAAAUCCAUCACGUCCCAAUCUCCUUCCGUCUCUCGUCCUCAAGCGGACGACCCGGGACGCAUAUACACCAUCGUCAAACGAGAAUCGCCCUCUACUCAGCUGCCUGCUACUCAAAGGAGGGUCACUGCCCCUCCCAAAGUAUGGUCUACAAAAGAGCUGGAAGCCUUGCGACAGUCUCAGUCAGGGCUCAAACUAUAUGACGCAAUCUUGUCAUCUUCUAGCCUUACAUCAACGGUCUCGGACAUGGAUCCUGAAAUGGCCAAUUUUCUUCCAAUGCUUCAGGAUUAUCUUAGACUUGAUGGCCCCUCUAUGGCAACUUCCUCUGCCUCAACAUCCUCUUUCCCAUCGAGUGCAAACGGUACUGCUCCUGGAGACGAUAAUGACUAUGUCUAUGAUGUGUUCUACCAGCGUCCAACAACAUUCCAAGAGCUUUAUGAACCCUCGUUAAGUAUCAUGAAUAUCGGUACCUUGACGGGCGUGCCCGAAGAGCUCAUGUUAUAUGACUCAGAUUCUGACUCGGAGGUCGCCGAUACAGAUGACGAAGACUCAAAUGCCGAGGAUUGGUAUAAGAACGACUACCCAGAAGACGAGUUUGAUGAAAGUGAUUCAAGUGCCACUGGCGCGCCGAAGGACAUAGUAAUCUUUUGGGAUUACGAAAACACCCCUGUCCCGGCCAAGGUGCCGAAAUAUAACAUUUCUAUGUUUAUCGGCCGGAUGCUCCAAACCGUUCGGGACAGAUUUGGAGAUACUGGCGAGCUUCUCGUCUACUCCGGGUUGGACAAUAUUGGCUCUAGGAAGGCAGAGUACAUGAAAGCUGCAUUGUCGCACAACCAUCACGGCAAGUUCAUUACCUGUUCUCAUCAUCGUCAAAGGGAGGUUGUCGACAACGCUAUUAUUGGAGAAAUGCUUUCCCGCCCCGAUCCCACCACAAUUAUACUUAUCUCAAGUGACGGGGGGGUUAUGAAAAAAGAGGCAUGA